AUGCUAUCGAGAGUAGUACGCCGCAGGGCGCUGCUAUCAUUGCGCAAUACCACUGCGUCCAGAACUCAACUCCAAAGACGGACGUUAGUAGCAGCACCAAAACCGGGCGACGGACCACUCAUGGAGAGACGAGCAGACCGGGAGCUUCCAAACGUUAAGGAGUUCAGCUGGUCGCGGACCCUACCGAUCUUCCUAACGCUCAUCGCGCUCUCGAGCGUAGCCAUCUUCAACUACCAAAAGUCGUCGUCGCCGGUGGUAGCCUCCACCCUCUACGCGCUGCGGACGAACCGGCGCGCGCGCGAGUACCUGGGCGACGAGAUCUACUUCAAGCACCAGAUCCCCUGGAUCUCGGGCGAGCUGAACCAGAUGCGGGGGCGCAUCGACGUGCGGUUCGCCGUCAAGGGCACGCGCGCCGCGGGCGUCAUGCGCUUCGCCAGCUUCCGGCCCUCGGCCCGCGCCAUGUUCGAGACCACCGAGUGGAGCCUCGAGACCGCCGACGGCGAGACCAUCGACCUGCUGGACGGGGACGACCCCUUCAGGGGCAUGGUUGGCAUCGCCAUGGACGAGGAGGAGCGCGAAGAGGCGGUCAAGAAUAGGGGGUUUAGACAGCAGCUUAAGGGCACGGACUAG